AUGGCCCUGCUCAAUAUUCACUUUCAUGAAAGGAGCACUGACGAGAAGGUUGUGCUACAGCAAGGUGUGGUGGUGAAAUGGCAGAUCCAGGAGUCGUCCCAGAAGAGCAAAGAGUUGCACAGGUUCCUGGCGCCUUCCACUGCCCAGGUCUUGAUAACUGACUUCCAACACGGGUCUGAGCUCUUCACUGAGCUCCAGCUCUCUGAGAUGAAGAAAAUAUUUGAGGAGGAUGCCGAUACAAGUGGAGCCCUGAAGCUCAGUGCUUUCCUGAAGGCCACAGAGAAGGUGCUGAGCGAUGUGUCCGGCAAGGUGCUGGAGGCCAUAUUUCUGAAGGUGGACACAGACUGCAGUGGCUUCAUCACCUGGCAGAAGUACAUGGACUACUUGGUGCGUGAGUUCCAGGAAAGGGAAGCUAUCAGGAAGAAGCAGUAUCGACUGCGGUUCUACCUUCCCAUGCGGAUCAUCCCCCUGAACCAAGGGUGUGAGAUUGUGAAGGUGGAGUACGUGAGGCACCGGCUUCAGAAGAAGGGUCACUUCCUGACAGUCACCAAGACAGGCAUGCUGCAGUUCUGGUCCGAGACCUUCUCGCUGCUCAGCUCCUUUAAGAUCCUACGACCCCACAACCAGCAGAUGUGGGUUAUUGACAUGGUGUGUCUCCACAACAUGGAUCUGAUCGCCCUUUCAUCUGCUGACCAGAAGAUCGAGUUCUUUGACAUCAGUAAUCACAAUUGUAAGCGCGCCUUCACCUUCAUCGAUCUGGACAACUGCAUUCUGGUCAUGGACUACUGGUCUGACUAUCAGAAAGCUGUGUUCUGCUGCGGGGAUACCAAGGGCAAUAUCUUCGUGUUUACCUCCGACAACGUGACCAGUGGGCUCUUCAACCCCCGCCUCCUCCCCAAGACCUCCAAAUGGGAUCACUGGAUGGCAGUGUCCAUGCAGAAGCUGCUGAGGGAGAAGUCCACAUCACACAGGAGUUACCGGCUCAAGGCUGUCCAUCUCAACUGGUGCCAACAGGUCAAGUUCAUCCCCCAGCUGAACCUGGUGGCCUCCUGUUCAGCCGUUGAUAAGGCCUCUCUGGUGCUGUCCGUGUUGCCUUCCAAAACGCCGGACAGUCUCAAGUCUUCUGUGCUGAAUUUAAGGAGAGGGAUUCUUUGCUUCGAUUACUUUCCAGACAAAAAUGUCCUGGUGACAGGCGGCUACGACCCCUUCAUCCGCCUGUGGAACCCCUUGUUCUCAUCAAGGCCUGUGUGGCUGAUGAAGGGCCACCAGACCUCGGUGACACACGUCCUCGUGAGCAGCACCAACAACAGCAUCCUCAUGAGCGUCUCCAAGGACAAGAAUAUCCGGGUGUGGGACAUGCAAGACUACGUGUGCCUCCAGUCCUUCUGCGGGAAGCUCCUGGGGCUGGGAAACUGCCCCAUCACCAGCAUCUGCCUCUACAAGGGAGACACCUUCAUCUGUACUACCUACUCCAUUGGGAUCCUCAGCGGGUACUUGGAGUCCCAGGGGCCCAAGAAAGGGGAGAAGACCACCACCCACCGAUCCCCACUGUGCGCAGUCCUCUACAGCAAGAUCUUCAGGCUGGUGUUGAGUGGCAGCCAGAAAGGCAUGGUGAACGUGUGGGAGGUCAUGACAGGCAAGCACCUGACAAACUUCGCCGUGACGGAUGCCAGUCACGUGGAGCUGACGGCCAUGGCCAUGGACGAGUCUGAGCGGUGUCUGCUCACGGGCCUGCUGGACGGCACAGUGAAGAUGUGGAACUACAACAGCGGCGAGUGCCUGCGGACCUUCCCCAACUCAGAUGAGAUGGAGAUUAGUGGGAUUGUCCACAUGAACCAAGCGUUCUACGUGACAGGUUGGAGUAAAAGAAUCACUCAUCUGAGGUUGCACAAGACCAGACCGGUGUUCCUGUGCAACCACUGGCACACUUACCACACGGAGGACAUUCUGAGCAUGGCCAAGUACCAGGGCCAGUUCCUCGGGACCUCCUCCUACAACGGGGACAUCCUCUUCUGGAACGUCAACUGGUUCAAGCCCAUCUUGAAGCUCAAUGCCUCGGAGAGCCCCUUGCCUUUGCAGCCCAAAAAGGUGCAGGAAACGGAGAUCAGCAAGCCCUGCAUGGGAGAGCAGAAGUGGGCAUACAAGGCCACCCCAGAGCUCAUUCACAUGCAGACCAGGACUUUAGGCAAUGCCACCUUGAGGCAGAGCCUGGCGUCCGCGCCUCCAAUGAUAAGACGCUGGCGAGAAAGGGAGUCCAUCCGACAGAGCUUCGCACAGAUCAUCUUCCUGCAGACCAGGCCUCGGCUGCCGAACACGGCCGCCCUGCUGAGCAGCUGCAUCGACGGCUACAUAUACGCCUGGUCCAUUCAUGGCAACGGCGGCCUGCUGGGGAAGUUCCCUGUGGACGUGCAAGGCCAGGGGAACACAGUCGUGGGCGCCAUGGCCACGGAUGAAAACGACUGCAUCCUUGUCACAGGGGAUUGCAACGGAUGCAUCAAGAUCUGGGACAUCAAAGAUUACUGCAUGCCCGAUGACCACAAGCAGCCACCAGUCGGUGGGGGAAAGGCCUUCCCGGGCACAGAGAACAAAUUCCAGUCCUUAAUACCCAAGAGGUUCCGUGCCAGCAUCUCGGAGCUCAAGUACUUGAAGGAGAAGACGGUCGUGGAUGGUCAGACCAUUUUCCUGACUCCCCCGAAGCUUCUGGUUACCUGGAAGGGCCAUAUCGAGAGUGUGGUGGACAUCCUGUAUGUGGACAGCUUCCAGCUGGUUAUCAGUGCUGGCCUGGACCAGAACGUCAAGGCUUGGAAAAUCUACGGUGAAGCUGUUGGGACAUUCGGCCAUAGUGUGUGGAGCAGACUGAAGGAAGUCCCGCUGGGCGAUGGUAGUGAACCAGAGGAGACGCCUAUCUCCAAGGAUACCACCCUCAAGGCCUCUCAGCUAGAGUACCAGGAGGACUGGGAUCUUGCCGAGGCGCUGGCCUAUCAGCGGCGGGAGCAGGCGGUGCUGAUGAGGUUCCUGUGUGGGAAGGAGAACUCGGAGGCUGAGGCUUGGUCCACGCUGCAGAAGAUGACCCCCACAUCACCUUGGUCUAAAGACUGCUCCCCAGAAGACAUUGAGAACAGCUGGCAGAGCUGGGAGGCCAAGGACAAGCAGGUGAGCAAAGUCUUGGGAGCAGCAUAUAAGCCCAAGGAGCGGGCUCGGACCCCUGAGUUUCUGUUCAGCAAUAAGCACUAUACCUGCCUCAAGCAUCAGAGCUCCCCUAUGAUCUACCAGAGCCUGCACUUCAAAGAACUGAAGCCCACCGAACAUCCUGACUUCUCCUGGGUAUUCAAGAUGGGAGACCCCCCCUGCCCUCGAGCCACCACAGCACACUACCACCUGGACAAAGACCCUGAGCUCCAGUCCUCUGUUUCCCAGAGGCCCUGGUCAGCCUCGGUGGCCCAGCCCACUGCCUCAACUCUGUCUCAGGAGCACCAGCCCAUCUCUCGGAGUUUGGUGACCCCUGUGGCCCUCACUUCCACUCUCAAGCAUUACUUUGAACCCCCCAAGGCCAGCUUCCACGUGAGGUUCUGA